CGAUCUUAUGCCAUAAGGCUUAUGGGCCAUGUAGUUAAAAUGCAUCAUAUGUUCUUUGUUUAACCCGGUGUAACCUUAAAAUUUUGAUCACAGUUGUUUCUGAGAAACUCUUUUAGAUUUGUGGUGCUCAUCAAACAUUGGUGUCACUAAUUGUUUGCAAUGGAGGACGAUAAGAAUUCCGAUAAGGAAAUCACAAGGUAUACAUACGUAGAAGAUUCAUUACGUGCAAUUCAAGGAGACAUAGAAAGGUUUCUUAAAAAUUUUGAAGCUAAAAAUAGUUACAAAUGGUCUGAUUUUGCUGAUGUAUACAAUGAAAUGGACUUUACAAAUAUUUUUGCUGGAAUGGCUCAUAUACAGUUUAUCCGAGAGAUAACAGAAAAUAUGUUUCAUAUAAUAAAAAAAUAUUUUUACCAUUCAACAAGCUUGUAUAUACAAACCGGGGCUAUUUACUUAUUAUUUGCUUUGUAUGCAAAACAACCGAUUAAAGACUUUAUAAAAAUACGUUUAACACGUGAUGAUUACUCGAAACUGAUUCAAUGCGUAGAACUUUCAAUGAGCAAAAAUGAACAUGAGAUGCCUUAUAAAUUCUGCGAAUUGAAGGCAAUGAACGCUUUUUAUUAUGUUGCCGAUAGGCAAUUACGCGCACCUGAACUGGAAUAUCUAAAACCGUUAGAUAAUUUUCAUGACGACACUUUUGAUAAAAAUGCAGCGGAGACAUUAAUUGAAAAGUGUGAAAAUUUUAAGGAACUUUGUAAUACCAAAGAACUAGCGGACAUUGAUAUUAAAUAUUCUGAAGCUUCAAAAAAGUGUGCACAAAAAAAUCCCCAAAUGUUAUUUAUUGAAUCAACAAUUUUAAAAGAUAUUGAAAAAGCGCAGGAGGACAUAAAAAAUUUUAAUAUAGCAACUGGUAACACGGAUUGUAAUAAAAAGUUAUUGAAGGACAAGGCGUUUAGUGCUAAAACUGCUUUAUACAGAGGUGAAAAAGAAUUUGCUGCUGAAUUUGUGCUAAAAAAGGAAAAAAUGGAAAAACCAGGGUCACCAAAAUAUUAAAUAUUUUUAUUAAAUAAUGUUG